AUCCGCUCCUCGCAGUAAUCAAUCCCAGGUGUGAAGUGUCCGACCGACCAGUGGACUCACGGGCCCGGACAAAACCCAAGCACACGUACACCACACCUCUCCUUCUCCCCUCCCCUCACAGGAGAAGAAGAAAAGAAGGAAGCCAAAAAUCGCGAGCACGCACGAAGAGCGGAGAUCCGAAUCGCCGCCAAAGGAGGGCCCGAUCGCUUCCUCCGCAAGACCUCCGCCCGCGCGAUCGAGAGCGAACAUUGCGGAGGUCUAAGGAAUGGAGUCGACUCAUGCAUCUGAAGAAAAUAACUCAAAAGAGUCAUCUCCGGUAGAAAUCCCAGAAACUUGUGUGGACUCACCAACUCUGGAAGUCAGUAGCAAUGGUGUUCACGAAAAUAUCAAUGCAAACAUGGAAAAGUCAGCUCAAGCAGCCACAUCGGGUAUCUCUAAUGGCCUUCCAGUUGCUGCCGAUGAUUCGGAGUUAUCUUCACACUCAGAGGUAUUGGCAGAGUCUCAUCCUGAUGUAGCAGAGCAUGACGUGGAAUCAAAUUCCCCCACAGGGGCAGGUCCUGAAAUGCUCUCAAAUUCAGGACCAACUGAGAAAUCCAAACACUCGGUGAAGGGUCAGGCAGAUCAUUCUUCUUCAGUACAUCCCGUCGAAGUGAACCAUGUUGAAGACAAGGCACGUUUUCAGAGAAAAAUUGCUGUAAAACCAAAAGUGAUGGAAGAGUCAGAAGCAAAACCUGAAAGUCCAUAUAAAGGUCUUAUUGACACUGCUGCGCCUUUUGAGUCUGUGAGAGAAGCUGUCACCAAGUUUGGAGGAAUCGUUGAUUGGAAAGCUCACAAAGUUCAGAUGAUGGAGAGACGCAAGUUCAUACAGCUUGAACUUGAAAAUGCUCAGAAAGAAAUUCCAAAAUGCAAAGAAGAACUAGAAGCUGCAGAGAUGGCUAAAUCACAGGUACUUGAUGAACUAGAGACUACUAAGAGAAUUAUAGAAGAGCUGAAGCAUGAACUGGAGAAAGCACAGAUGGAAGAAGUUCAAGCAAAACAGGACUCUGAGCUUGCACAACUGAGGGUGCAAGAAAUUGAGCGGGGAGUAGCUGACGAUUCUAGUGUAAUAGCCAAGACUCAAAUGGAAGUCGCAAAAGAAAGACACGAAAAAUCUGUUGCCGAACUUAAAUCAGUAAAGGAGGAGCUGAGAACAUUACACGAAGAGUAUGCUAGCUUAGUCAAUGAAAGGGACAGAGCAAUCAAAAGGGCUGAAGAAGUGUUAGCCGCCGGGAAAGAUAUCGAGAAGCGAGUGGAGGGGCUGACUGUAGAACUGAUUGCAGCUAAAGGAUCUCUUGAGUUGGCCCAUGCUGCACAUCAUGAUGCUGAAGAACGUAGAAUCGGCGCAGUACUGGCAAAAGAGCAAGAUUGCCUUGCUUGGGAUAGAGAGUUGGUCCAGGCACAAGAGGAGCUGCAACAACUGAACAAUAAGCUUCUGUCCCAAAAUGAUUUGAAGAAGAAUCUUGAAGCAAAUUUGCGCAAGUUGCAUGGCCUCAAGUCUGAGCUUGCAGACUAUGUGGAGAGUAUACUGUGCAAAGAAGCUUUAGGAGUUGCCAAGGAGCAUGAGUCUGAAGAUGCUAGACAAAUUAGCAGCUCAAUUAAGGAAACUCUAGCUUCAACACAGAAAGAGCUCGAGGAGGUUAAAGCAAACAUAGAAAAUACAAAAACUGAGGCCAAAUUGUUAAGAGUUGCGGCGACAACUCUCAGAUCAGAGCUCGACAGGGAGAAAGCUUCACUUGACUCAUUGCAGCAGAGGGAAGUGAUGGCAUCAAUUGCAGUUUCUUCACUAGAAGCUGAGCUCAACAGGACUCAAAAAGAGAUAGAAUCUGUGAGAUCCAAGGAAGAAGAUGCCCAAGAGAAAAUGGUGGAGCUCCCUAAGAUGUUGCAGCAAGCAGCUCAGGAGGCCGAGGAUGCCAAGGACGCAGCUCAAGCAGCAGAAGAGGAGCUGAGAAAAGCCAAGGAAGAUACUGAGCAAACCAAAGCAGCUGCAACUACAACAAGCAGCAGGUUAUGUGCUGUUCUGAAGGAAAUAGAAGCAUCCAAAGCGUCCGAGAGGCUAGCACUUGCGGCAGUUCGAGCAUUGAAUGAAAGCAAAGAGGCCAGCGACGUCGAGGAUUCUCCCAGAGGAGUGACGCUUCCUAUAAGCGAGUAUUACGCCCUUGGCAAGAAAGCACAAGACGCUGAAGAACUGGCAAAUGAGAAGGUGACAGAAGCGCUGGCACAGGUAGAGUCCGUGAAAGGCUCUGAAUUAGAGAGCCUAGACAGGCUAACUGAAGCAACAAAGGAGAUGGAUGAAAAGAAGAGAACUCUUGAACUUGCAUUGGAGAGAGCCGAGAGGGCAAACGAGGGGAAACUCGCCGCUGAGCAGCAACUGAGGAAAUGGAGGUCUGACCAUGAGCAGCGCCGGAAAAUUCAGGAGGCCGCGAAGCGUGCGGUUAACCCCGUGAGUAGCCCAUUUGUCGAUCCUUACCUGAAAGAGCAGGAUUCACGGCUGCACAUGUCAGGCAGUAGCUACGAGGACCAUGUUCCGAACCGAAAGUUGCGAAAGAAAAAGUCGUUUCUCCCUCGAAUGGGCUCAUUUUUGUCGAGAAAUACCCCGGCACAAACAUAAGAAAACAGGUCAUAAAAGCGCGGAUCGACGAGCUGUACAUUGCUGUAAUAAGUUAUUCAAUUUGUCUUGUAAGUUGGUUUCUGUUUAAGCUGUAAUCUGUUGGUAUAAACCCAGGGGGUAUUUUUCCACAAAAAUCAUUCUUUGGGCAACUCAGGAUAGUUUUUGUGAGGAAAUGCUCGAAUGUAGCACUGUUCUGUUCGGAAGUACCUUUCUACACCCAGGAGCAAAUGCUCCUGGUAUGAAUAGUAAAAUUAAAAAACUAGAAAAAAUGUUCAAAAAA